AUGCAGCUCAUGGAGAAAGGAGAUGCGGAAAAUCAAACAGAUGUCACCGAAUUCAUUCUCCUGGGGUUUGGGGAUCUCCGUGAACGGCAGAUCCUUCUCUUCCUGGUUUUCCUAGUGAUCUACAUUGUGACUAUGUCAGGGAACAUCCUUAUCAUUGCUCUAGUUGUGACUGAUCAGCACCUUCACACCCCCAUGUACUUCUUCCUGGGCAACUUGUCCUGCCUGGAGACCUGCUACACUUCUGCCCUCCUGCCCAGGAUGCUGGCCAGUCUCCUGACUGGGGACAGAACCAUUUCUGUGGGGGGUUGCAUGACACAGUUUUUUUUCUUUUGUUUUCUAGCAACUGCAGAGUGUUAUCUCCUGGCAGCGAUGUCUUAUGAUCGGUAUUUAGCCAUAUGCAAACCACUGCACUAUGGAAUAUGUAUGAAUGGCAAGUUGUGCCUCCAGCUAGCAGCUGGGUGUUGGAUAAUUGUAUUUCUACCUUGUACAAUAACGAUGUGUUUUAUGUCACAAUUAAUUUUCUGUGGCCCCAAUGAAAUGGACCAUUUCUUUUGUGAUUUCACCCCAAUGCUAAAGCUCUCCUGCAGCGACACCAGCCAGAUGACGCUGGUUCUUUAUAUAUUUUCCUUCCCAGAUGCAGUUUCCCCAUUUCUAUUAACCUUGACAUCCUAUGUUUGUAUCAUUAGCACCAUCCUGAGAAUCCCUUCCACCACCGGGAGGCAAAGGGCCUUUUCCACCUGCUCCUCUCACCUCAUCGUGGUAACACUUUUCUAUGGGACCCUAAUGAUUGUCUACAUGAUACCAAAAUCCAGCAACCUGAGAGCCCUGAACAAAGUGUUCUCUGUCUGCUACACAGUCCUGACUCCCCUGGCCAAUCCCCUCAUCUACAGCCUGAGAAACAGAGAGGUCAAGGAGGCCCUGAGAAAAGCUGUCAGGAAAUGUCUGGCCCUCACAAAGAAUUCAGACUAG